AUGCUGUACGCGCUGCUGCGCUACAAUGCGCUGUCUGUGCGCUGCUAUGCGCUGCUGUGCAGCUGCUGCUGCUGUGCUGCUGUGCGCUGGUGCUGUCUGCUGCUGCUGUGCGCUAGCUGCUACUGCGCUGCUGCUGUGCGCUGCUGUGCAUGCUGCUCUGCAGCUGUAUUGCGCAUAACUGCUGCUGUGCGCUGCUGCUACAUGCGCUGCUCAUGCGCGCUAGCUGCUGUGCGCUGCUGUGCUGUGCGUAGCUGUGCGCUGCUGUGCGCUGAGCGCUGCUGCGCGCUGCUAUGCGCUGCUGCUGUGCGCUGCUGCUGUGCGCUGCUGCUAUGCGCUGCUGUGCACGCUGCUGCCGCUGCUGUGCGCUUGCUGUGCACGCUGCUGUGCGCUGCUGCUAUGCUGCUGUGCUGUGCUGCACGCUGCUGUCCACGCGCUAACUGCGCUGCUGCUAACUGCUGUGCGCGCUGCUCUGCUGUCACGCUGCUGCUGCGCGCUGCUGUGCGCUGCUGUGCGCUGCUGUGCGCUGCUGCUGUGCGCUGCUGCACUGCUGUGCGCAUGCGGUUGCGCUGCUAUGCGCUGCUAAUGCUGUGCGCACUGCUGUGCACUGGAGCGCUGCUGUGCACUGCUGCUGCACUGCUGCACUGCUGCGCCUGA